AAAUAACGGAUGUAAUUUUGUUGCGAAAAAUUGCGGGAUUUUGCUAAUAAUUUCGAAAGUGAGAUGAGUCAUAUUUAUUGACUAAUCAUAUAAGUGUCGACUUAGUUUCGUUUCUCCUCUUCCCUGUGCCUUCUUCCAGUGCUCUUCUUCUUCAACCUCUUCCGAUGAACGGUUCACUCAUCUCAUGGCUUGUUCUUGCGAUAUCCACAAUCUCCAUCUUCUCCGACGUUGCUGGGGCUUCAGCUUCAGCCCGGUGUCCCGGCGUCGGCCAGAGAUCGCUCUUGCUCGAGCUGAGAAAUAGCCUUGUCUUCGACACCUCCAGGUCAUCCAAGCUAGUACAGUGGGACCAAAGCGCCGAUUCAUGGAGCGGCGUAACGUGCGAGGAUGGCCUCAUCGUCGGUCUUGAUCUGAGCUUUGAGUCAAUCUCUGGCGGAAUCGACGUUUCGUCGGGUCUCUUCAGGCUCGAGUUCCUUCAUAGCCUGAACUUGGCUGGCAACGACUUCAACUCCACGGCGAUUCCAUCGGGCCUCGGGAAUCUCGGCCACUUGGAAAAUCUCGACUUGUCCCAUGCCAGAUUCGCCGGGCAGAUUCCGGCGGAACUAUCGCGCCUGACAAAGCUACGUACUCUUGAUCUCGGAGGUGAUAACUUGCUGAAACUUGAGAAGCCCAAUUUUAGGUCGCUAAUUGGGGAUUUGGGGGAGUUGAGGGAGUUGAACCUUGAUUGGGUCAAUGUGUCUGCUGAGGGAAGUGACUGGUCCGACGCAGUGUCUUCUUCAGUGCCGAAACUUGAGGUGUUGAGCAUGUCUGGCUGUUCUCUGUCUGGUCCUAUUGAUGCUUCCCUUACGAGUCUUGCUAAUCUGUCGGUCAUUCAACUCGAUGGCAAUAACUUGAUCACCACAGUUCCUAGUUUCUUGGCGAAUUUUUCCAGCUUGAAAACUCUGAGCCUAGGUUCUUGUGGUUUGUAUGGAGAGUUUCCUCAAAAAAUCUUCCAGGUACAAACACUUCAGACCCUUGAUCUAUCAUCGAACCAACGUCUUCAGGGUUCUUUGCCCGAUUUUCCGGAGGAUAGUUCUCUUGAGACUAUGUACCUACGUCAAACGAAUAUUUCAGGGAGGCUUCCAGAUUCAAUCGGUAAUCUCAGAAAAUUGUGGUCAUUGAAACUACCCGAUUGCAAUUUGAGUGGAUCCAUCCCGAGUUCAAUGGAGAACCUGUCAGAGCUGACUUAUUUGGACUUAUCAAGCAAUUCAUUGGAAGGCGACAUUCCUCCAGUUCUGUUUACACUUCCUCGACUUACGACGAUAGAUCUUUCACACAAUAGAUUUAGUGGUCAGCUUAUCAUAUAUCCGAAUGUCUCUUCAUAUCAACUGCGCAUGCUUGAUUUGGGUAGCAAUCAGUUACAAGGGUCAAUUCCAACAUCCUUAUUUGAAUUGCAAGGGCUUGAUUACCUCUCACUUUCUUCCAAUAAUUUCAAUGGCUCAAUGAACAUUGCCGCGCUUCAGGGAUUAGGAAAUUUGACUUCUCUUAAUCUAUCGUACAGUGGCUUGUCCAUUAAUACUACAACGUCUGCUUCUGCAUCCUCUUUCCCUGAAUUUUCUUGGUUAAUGUUGGCUUCCUGCCAGUUGCGGACGUUGCCUCAGUUUUUGGCUAACCAGUCCAAUUUCAUCUUCCUUGACCUCUCCCAAAAUAUAAUUCAAGGGGAGAUACCGAGAUGGAUAUGGACGCUAGAACAUCUUUCAUAUCUCAAUCUUUCCUCGAAUUGCUUUGAAGAUUUGGAAACUGCUCCACGCAAUCUUACUUCUGCUCUGUCUGUCGUCGACCUCCAUUCAAACAUGCUCCGAGGAAAUAUGCCACCCCUGCUGUCACAGGCUGGCUACUUGGAUUUCUCAAGUAACAAGAUCACUUCUGUUAUUCCGGAUAACAUUGGUGACUACCUAUCAUCAUUGAUGUUCUUCUCCCUUUCUAAGAAUAAUUUCCAUGGGUCCAUCUCGAAGUCAAUUUGCAAAUGUGAUCAACUUGAAGUGCUCGACUUAUCAGGUAACAAUUUGAAUGGAACUAUUCCUGAUUGUUUAAUGAUGGCAUCCCUCAAGGUAUUGAAUUUGAGGAAUAACCAGUUGAGUGGCACUAUUCCGCAAAACAUCUCGAGAACAUGCGAUCUGCAGACAUUGGAUUUCAGUGAGAAUUUGUUGCAGGGGCAAAUUCCGUUGUCUUUGGCAAAUUGCACAAUGUUGGAGGUUGUGAACAUCGGGGACAAUAAAAUUAACGGGACAUUUCCAUGCCAUUUCAAGGCUUUGUCAAGUCUCCAUGUACUUGUUUUACGAUCCAACAAAUUGCAUGGGGAAAUUGGAUGUCCGCAUGGUCCCAACACUUGGCAGAAGCUUCAAAUCGUUGACUUGUCUUCGAACGAUUUUGGCAGCAUGCUGUCUGCGAGUCUCCUCGCAUCUUGGGAGGCUAUGAAGGCCAACGUAGAGUUCAAUUACCUGCAUCCAUAUGCCAACCGGAGUGGGUUCUAUUAUGAAGAUACAUUGAUUGUAACCUUCAAAGGUCUGGAGCUAGAACUCGUCAAGAUUCUAACUAUUUUUACGUCAAUUGACUUCUCGGGCAAUAGACUGGAGGGUCCAAUACCCGACACACUUGGGGAUCUAAAAGCACUUCAUUUCCUCAAUUUAUCGCAUAAUGCCAUCUCGGGUUCAAUUCCUCCUGUUUUGGGGAAUCUGCAUCAGCUCGAGUCGUUGGACCUAUCAUGGAACUACCUCAAUAGAACCAUACCAACUCAACUUGCAAAUCUUCAUUUCCUUUCAUUCCUGAACCUUUCAAACAAUCAACUUGUGGGAAGCAUCCCGGCUAGCGGACAGUUCCUCACGUUUUCUGAAAGUUCUUUCGCAAAAAACCUCGGAUUGUGCGGGCUUCAGCUUAACAAAAGUUGCUCAAUUACCACGAAUGGGACGGAAGAAGCUGGUGACGAUGGUGACGAUGGUGAUAGCGAGAAGAAGUGGUUUUACCUGGGCAUACCGCUUGGAUUCGUUGUUGGCUUCUGGAUAUUUUGUGGUCCGUUAGUGUUUAUCCAAUCAUGGAGGGUUGCUUACUAUCGAUUUUGGGAUAAAGUGUUAUUCAAACACUCACGUCCGUGAAGAUUUCCACUAAGAUUCAGUUAUUAAACUUGAAAAGGAGUGUUUUCAUUCUUUCCACUUAGAUUCAAUUAUUAAGCUUGAAAAGGAGUGUUUUCGUUCUUUCCACCGA